UUCUUUUUUUUUUCUUUAUUACAAAACACAAAAUAAAUACUCUUAUUCCCUUUACCUUAUCCAAUCCCUCUGCUCCUCCUCCCACUGACUCUUCAAUCUCCCUCGAGCCCCUCUGCUUUGCCUUCUCUGUUAUUUUUAUCAUGGACACCUCUCUCUCCCACCAGGGAUCCCUCUCGUUUCUCCCGUCGCGCCGCGAUUCCCCACGACGAAUAACCGGCGGCGUUUGCGCUCUUCUCCCCUGGCGGCGUAAGGUCCGGUACGAUUCGAUGGUGGUUGUUGCCGCUGCGGGAGCGGGAGCGAGCAUCGACGCGCCUCUAGUACCCCGCUCGGCUCAGGGGAAGUUUCUAAGCUGCGUCUUGAUGAAAAAGCGGCCGCUUUUUCACUUCGCCGUCGCUGAUUUGCUCAAGCAGCUCGCGGAAGACAAGGAAGCAGCUUUAUCUCGCAUGUUCCUCAGUUCUGGUUCCGAUGAAGCUUCUCUCCACAGAAGGAUAGCUCAACUCAAGGAGAGUAACUGCCAGACCGCGAUAGAAGACAUAAUGUACAUGUUGAUCUUGUACAAAUUCUCUGAGAUCAGAGUGCCUCUUGUCCCUAAGCUCUCCACCUGCAUCUACAACGGAAAGCUCGAGGUCUGGCCUUCUAAAGACUGGGAGCUCGAAUCAAUCCAUAGCCGCGACGUUCUUGAACUCAUCAAAGAACACAGCAACGCAGUCAUCAGCUUAAGAGUUGAUUCAACUUUGACUGAUGAUCUGGAGACGACCGAGAUCGAUAAGCAUCAUCUCAGUAGAGUCUACACAGCGUCGAUCUUGUACGGUUACUUUUUGAAAUCGGCUUCCCUCAGGCACCAACUCGAAUGCUCGCUGUCGGAAGGCAUCACCAAGCAGCUGAGACAUUACAUCUCCGGGUUUGAUCCGAAGAUACUGCAGAGAUGCGCAAAGCCGAGGUCACGUGAGGCUAAGAACCUGAUAGAGAAGCAGAGCCUGGCUCUUUUCGGUCCCGAGGAAAAGGAGGAAGAGAGCGUGAUUGUGACAUCGUUUUCGAGCUUGAAGAGGCUGCUUCUGGAGGCGGUUGCGUUUGGUUCGUUUCUGUGGGACACAGAGGAGUAUGUAGACGGCGCGUUUAAGCUCAAGGAGAAUGAGAAUGCAGAAGAGAAUAGCAGUGUCUGAAGUGAACCAGUUUGGUAUCUUUCUUUUUGGGUGCACACUCCAUAUAUAUAUAUAGAGAGAGGGAGCGUAGAAAGGUUUGUUUCUACAGGGCUAUGAGAACUAUUUGUUUUUGUCUAUAGUUUGCGUGAUUAUAUGUAUAGUGUUUUAAUAUAGAGUGACAGUUUGGUUUCUUUUGUAGCUGUUAUGUGUUGGUUAUAUACAAAGCCUAACACUUCGAAUGGUAA